AGUGAUGAGACGCCAAUGGAAUCGAAAUUGUGAAAAGAAGAAGAUUAUUAGAGAAGGAAGAAAGUUUGUUAUAGGUAGUUUUCUGCAUCAUCGCUUAGGUUAGCAACAACAGCAUCAUAGAUCGGAGGUGAUGGAUGCAUUACAAUCACACACCAAUAACCCUAAUCUGAAUCUGAAUUCGAAUCCUCUGGCUUCAUCGGUUCCGUUAUGGCCAACAAUCGACGGUCCAUUAGGUCUAUCGGAGGAAGAAUCAGUUAAGUACGCACGAAGAUUCUACAAGUUCGGAUUCGCACUUCUUCCUCUUCUUUGGGCCGUCAAUUGCUUCUACUUCUGGCCUGUCAUUCGCCACUCCCGCUCCUUCCCCACCAUUCGCCCAUAUGUUGUUGGGUCAGCAAUUGGGUUUACUAUUUCUGCAGCGCUUCUUUGUUCUUGGGCUCUUACAUUUUCCAUUGGAGGGGAACGUCUCUUCGGCCCUGUCUGGGAUCAGUUGGUUAUGUACAAUCUCGCUGAUAGGUUCGGCUUAACAGGCUGGAGCUAGUAAUGCUCGAACUCGUAUAUAAGAAAAAAUCAUCUUGUUUACUGGUUGGGUGAGUGGAUGUGUAUUACUGAUACAAUUAACUAUGUAUUCUGUCAUUGAAUUAGUGGAUUUCAUCCUGGAGCAAUGUUUUUAAGAGGAUGGUUCUUGGUGUCUUAACUGCUAUUUGGGCUGAGGGGUGGAUAUCAUGUACAGCUUAGCUUUUAGAUUAAUUUUCUUAUUUUUCCUGA